AUGUCGGCCGCUCCGUUCUCGCAAGGCAUGGCCCAGCUGCGUCCACCGUCGCCGUUCGGCUUCGACAACCCCAGCUCAUGGCCGACAUGGCUGCUGCAGUUCGAGGACUUCUCGGUUGUCCUCGCGUCGACCACGCUAGGCGAGGCAGAUAUGAAAGACGUCGCCGCCGUGAAGAAGGCUUUCACCGACCACUUCGUGCACCCGCCGAACGAGCUGUACGAGUCAGCGCGCUUUCACCGCCGUACGCAGCGACCAGGUGAAACGGCCGACGCAUUUUUUACGGCGCUCCGGACAAUGGUCAAGUCCUGCAACUAUCCGUCGCCCGACGUCGAAGAGCGGCUCGUCCGAGACCGUUUUCUCGUGGGGUUGCUCGACCGCGAACUCUCGGACAAGCUCUGUCGGAACCCGAAAAUGACGCUACACGAAGCGCUGACGUACGUUCGUCAGCACGAAGACGCAGCUGUGCCCAUUCUGCGGGCGAGCGUCACAGCCUCGCCAUAG